CGGAAAUCACCAAUAACAGACUAGAAAUUCAAUACUUAAUGUAUCAUCAAGGGUUUUCGAAGAAACGACGAGUAGAAAUUGAAUGAUCCUCCUAUUACACCAAGAAGGAAAAUCCUUAUCCUUCCACCUCCGUGUACAACCAGCGCACAAUCAAAGAAGAAAAUGGCUCUUUCCGGAGCAGGCGAGGAACAACCGCCAACCAGCGUUGCUCCUGAAGUCGAUGUUGUCAGCGUCGACAUUGAACCGAACAACUGCGAUCUCGCAGCCCCUCUGCAGAUUAUGCUCAGAUUUUCCCAUGAAACUGCCAUUCCGGAAGCAAGAUGGAGGAUACGGUUUACAGUGGAUACGUUGAAAAAACAAAAGAUAGUGGAUUUUGGAGAGACGGAGACACGGGAUUAUCCAGCUGCGGCGUCUUCGAGUAGUGCGAAUGAAGUUAGGUGGGGUGUGGAAAAUUUGGAGAUGCCACCGAAAUUAGCGAAAGACGUGCUGAAAUACGUACUUUUUUUUUAAAUCAAGAAUAGCAUCAUCUCUCAUCAUGUUUUUCGUCAAUGAUCUCAGGCUUAUAGAUACCAGCAGUGAUUGUGAUUGAUUCUCCGGGUUGAAUCUUCAUCCUCAUCAUCGAAAUUAUCGCAGGACGGCCUGCUAGUUUUCUCGUUAAUGCAGAACGAUUCAGUUUUGCUUGACGUGAAUUUUGUGACGCAAGUAUCCGAAAAUAGUGACGGAACGAUGACGCGGACGAUCAUGAGUCCGGUUUGAAGAGUACGUAUACAGAGGAUUGAAACAUAAAGAAGCACAAGACUAUGUGAUGAACAGAAAAACGCAUAAGAACCAGAGUUUUGUUUGGAAAGAUAAAGAACGACUAGUUGUACGGCACCACUCCUAUUCAGAUUCUGAUGCACGUAAGGUCUUCACCUAGAGAUUUCUCUCGACAUUCAAAAUUUUUGCACAGUUUAAUUGGCCAGCUCCUUUAUGUAAGUGAUGUUUUUACAACCGAGACCGCGC